UCCGAGGGUCCCAGCCCUGCGCCCCGCGUCCCCGGGGCGAGCAUGGAGCGCCCGGAGCCCGAGCUGAUCCGGCAGAGCUGGCGGGCGGUGAGCCGCAGCCCGCUGGAGCAUGGCACCGUCCUGUUCGCCAGGCUAUUUGACCUGGAGCCAGGCCUGCUGCCCCUCUUCCAGUACCACUGCCGCCAGUUCUCCAGCCCCGAGGACUGCCUGUCUUCUCCCGAGUUCCUGGACCACAUCAGGAAGGUGAUGCUGGUGAUCGAUGCUGCGGUGACCAACGUGGAGGACCUGUCCUCCCUGGAGGAGUACCUGGCCAGCUUGGGCCGGAAGCACCGGGCAGUGGGCGUGAAGCUCAGCUCCUUCUCGACGGUGGGUGAAUCCCUGCUCUACAUGCUGGAGAAGUGCCUGGGCCCUGCCUUCACACCCGCCACGCGGGCUGCCUGGAGCCAGCUCUACGGGGCCGUGGUGCAGGCCAUGAGUCGGGGCUGGGAUGGCGAGUAAGAGGCGGCGCUGCCCAGCGGUUUCCACCUGGUGGCCCCGCGCCUGUCUGUGUCUGUCUGUUGGUCUGUGUCCAUCGUAGCCCAGGCUCCCCUAGGCCUGCCUCGUGGUCCUUGUCCCCUUGGCCAUGCCAGGGAGGUGAUGAAGCAGGGCUGGGCCUCAGUCCCACUCACCCCCAACCGCAGGUGGGUGGCUUUUCCUUUCCCAUUUCCUAGAGUUUCCCCUAGCUUCUUCUCUGCUGGCCCAGCCUUCCCCUCUGGCCUCCCCACCCCCUCCUCCAGGAGGAGAGGUGGCAUGGGGCCUGGCAUGGAGGGAGACACGGGGCUUUGAGGGGUGGGCGCUCCCAUCCUCCUCCAUGCCCGAGUGAGCCUGGGCUGAGGGGGGCAGUGGGCUGGCUGAGCUUCGAGCACCUUCCCAGCUCGCCUGCCUUCCGCGCGUUUCUCUCCCAGCAGUGUGUUCGCUUUGCACAAGGAGAGGUGUGGGACAGCUCCGGCCUUCAUGGCGGCAUCCCAGGCAGCCGGAGCAGGUGGUUCGGAGACUGGCUGGCUCUGUGAUGGGGCCCCUCUGGGUCUCAGAGGGGGGCAACCUCUCAGAUGCCCCCCGACAGAGUAAUUUUUCUUUUCUCGUGUCAGGUGGGAACUCCCCUGUAACUCUAGGAAGCAGCUAUCCAGCCAGGGUGGGCGGGCUGGGGAAGGGCCAGGAAGCUGGGGACUUCCUUUCCGAGAGACCCAAGCCUCUUCUGCAGCCCUGACUCCUGCAGAGCCUGAGGCUUAUCCCCCGUCCCCCGAUCCUUUCUGCCUCUGCACACACCGACGGAGGGUCCAGAGCACCCAUAUUUAAUACCUGCUGUGUGCCUGUACCUGGGCUUCCCAGGCGGCGCUAGUGGUAAAGAGCCUGCCUGCCAAUGCAGGAGACGUAAGAGAUGAGGGCUUGACCCCUGGGUCAGGAAGAUCCACUGGAGGAGGGCGUGGCAGCCCACUCCAGUAUUUUUCCCUGGAGAAUCCCAUGGACAGAGGAGCCUGACAGGUUAGAGUCCAAAGGAUCUCGAAGAGUCAGACACGACUGAAGUGACAGCACGCACGUGUGCCUGUACUUAGCAGGGUUGAUAGAAAACAGCAGAAACCCUUCCCACGCUCUGAACUAUCUCCACUUUUAUCUUUUGCUGCGUGCCGUGGUGGUUGUAUAAACUCACAAGAAAUAAACCUGUUCUGUGUGCCU